AUGAUUGCCCGUUCGUUGUUAUUCAGCCACCACUUGCCGAGAAAGACAAGUAGAGUCGACGAUAAUGUUGAUGAAAUGACUGAUGAUUGCUUGGAUGAUGAUGACCGGCCUAUUGAUGAAUUGGCCAUUACUCUCGAGACUGAACUCGACCGCGUUUGGCAAAACUCGAGCAGCUUCAGCAACUUUAUUAGUCCUUUUGGCCUAGGGACCUUUGGGAUCGAGGCCAAAGAAGUUCAUGGGCUGCCCGAUGACGCUUCUCUUUCAUCUUCACUGACUUCUUCCAACCUUAUGAACCGCGAUCCACCAUGGCGCAUUUGGUUGGCAAGACAACAAAGACAUCGAGUUGCUGUCUAUUUUGAGCGCCUAUGCCGAUUAAUCUCUACUCCUGGUUGGCACGAUUGCUCCACUAUUAGAAGUCGAGUAAGCCAUCUAAUUAUGUUAUUUUAUUUUAUUCCUUUGGGAAAUUUAUGUUAUGCUGAAAUGUGUCCUUUUUAUCAAUGGAUUUCAUUUUACCAUAUAAUUUCAUACUUUAUAAAAUAUUUGAGCUUUAAAAGUCUAUUGUUUAUUGUUUAUUUCACUCAUGCCGAUUUAUCUAUCUUUACUUUUCGGAUUAGAGUAAGAAUUUUUUUCAGAUCCUGCGGUUUUCAAAAUUGA